ACACCAAUGUCGCUUUGUUGUUCCCAAUUUCUUUUAAGACGCGCUCGCAAAUACAAUGCGCGUAUAGUUACAUAGUUACAUCGCAGUUAGUCGUAUACUGAUUGGCAUAAGUACCUGCCCAAAACGUAGUGUGGUGCAUAUGACUGCUGAUGUUUAGUUUCCUCCGGCAAUUCUGCAGAACGAUUUCCAAACAUGAAACGAUCGUACGCGUUAUGCGCAGUCUUUGUCCCAAUCACUGCGGGACUCGUACUGUUAUGGCCAGUGGAUGACGUGUUUACCGCCGACGCCGAUACCACCACCGUCUCCUCGGCCGUGGCAAGCGCCUCGUCGGCCAUCGCCACUGCGUCCUCGGCAAUCGCCACCGCCUCGUCGGCCAUCGCCACUGCGUCUUCGGCCAUCGCCACCGCCUCCUCGGCCGUCGUCGCUGACCCGUCGUCCGCCGCGGUGGACGCGAUCGCUUGCGACAACGAUACCGCCGACCUAUGUAACACCGCGGCUACCGUCACUUCCACGACUUCCGCCAGAAGUGGAAACGACGACGAUUGUAGCACGGUUGCAGCGUCCGCACUGAGGCUAGGACACGGUGCGGAAGAGUCGCCGACUGCUGCACGAGUCAACGACGACCGCGGACGAAUCGACCGAAAUCUCGACGUGGAUGAUUCUCGUCGCCGUGUCGACGAUUAUGGCCGAGUCGUCGUCCGACCCAGGACCGUCGGCUUGAAAACGAUCGAGCGAAUCAUACUGACAGCCGUGAGCAUGUUUUUCGAAAAACUGGAGUUGGCCGUUUUCAUGUCGCUGUACAAAAUUAAAGUCCUUUACACCACGUUGAUAUCGCCGGUGUUGCAUAGUUUUUAGCUUUUACGUUAUUCGUCCCUUUUGGAUCAUUAUCACGAUAACGUAUUGUGCGACGAUAACACAAAGUACAAACUCGUUGUAAUCGUGUAUUUUCGUCGCAUUUAAAAUCACUGGUCUAUCAUAAUAUACUUACGCAUUAUUCUUGAAAAAUAUUUAUAAAAAAAAAAAACAAAAACCGUUUCGUGACAUGUAAUUAUCUACGUUUCAUCGAUCAGCCGUAUAAAAACUACUGCACAUAUCAUGCACAUAAUUAUUUUAUUAUUAUUAUUAUUAUUAUACUGUGUUAUAUUUACGGCUGUAGGAAGGAACACGUAUGUACGCCCAUGUGAUAAUAAAAACAACUGCU